GUGGUGACCAGUGCCGCACCGCGAAAGCGGGGGCGGUGGAGGUGAUGUCAACUCACAUCUCCAUCGACGGAACUGACACACAGAAAUGGACUCUGAGUCUGAGCCGGACGUGUUCGAUGCCGUGAGCCCAUCGACUGAGGAUGGGUCGUCACGGAAACCAUACGACGUCGCGUACAAGGUGCUCUCCCCGGAGGAGAUCACUGCGAUGCAGAACAAGCAGGUCAAGAAGGUGCAGACUUUGCUUGAAGUGCCCGCUUCAUCAGCGGCCAUCCUCCUCAGACACUAUGCAUGGAACUCGGAGAGACUGCAAGAGGAGUUCUGGAGCGACCCCGCUGCAUCAUUUGCCGCCGCCGGACUCUCACCGCCUUCCUCCCCAACCACUUCGACCGCCUCCCUCCCCAUGACAUCUCCACUCAAGAGUCGUAACCCCUUCCGGCCAAAGAGCAAGAAGGCUUUGCCCUUCGACUGUCCUAUCUGCUGCAACGACUAUCCCGCUGAAGAGUUUGACACACAAACGUUCGCAUUAGGCUGCAAGCAUCGCUUCUGCCGUGACUGCUGGAAGGAGUACCUCACCGGAAAGAUCAAGACCGAGGGCGAGAGUGCUCGCGUGCAGUGCAUGGAGAGCGGUUGCAAUCGUGUUGUGGUGCAGGAGGCGGUCGAGGAACUGGUGGAGCCAGCAGUGGUCCAAAGGUAUCGCGAGCUAGUUCAGUCGGCAUACGUCCAGGAUUCCCCGAAUCUGCGCUGGUGCCCUCAUCCUGGGUGCCAGUUCGCUAUCGAGUGCUCGCAGGCUCCUCCACGCAUGCUGAAUCAAAUAGUCCCUACCGUCACCUGCAAGUGUGGUAAUGACCUCUGCUUCGGAUGCGGGUAUCAAGCCGAUCACCGCCCAGUUCUCUGCAAGAUCGUCAAGGCAUGGGAGAAGAAGUGUGCCGACGACUCGGAGACGGCCAACUGGCUCAACGCCAACACCAAGGAGUGUCCAAAAUGCCAGUCGACUAUUGAGAAGAACGGUGGCUGCAAUCAUAUGACCUGCAAGAAGUGCCGCGGCGAAUUCUGCUGGGUGUGCAUGGGCCCAUGGUCGGAACACGGCACUAGUUGGUAUCAGUGCAACCGCUUCGACGAGAAGUCUGGGGCCGACGCUCGCGAUGCACAGGCCAAGAGCCGCGCCAGUCUCGAGCGAUACCUUCACUACUUUAAUCGUUUCGCGAAUCACGACCAGUCUGCUAAGCUGGACGCCGACUUCUACAAGAACACAGAGAAGAAGAUGGAAAUCAUGCAGAACAACGGCAAUCUUUCGUGGAUCGAAGUCCAGUUUGCCAAAGAGGCUGUUGGAACGGUUGUCAAAUCGCGCAUAUUGCUGAAGUGGUCCUACGCAAUGGCCUACUACCUGAAGCGCAACAACAUGACAGAGUUGUUCGAGGAUAACCAGCGCGAUCUCGAGCGCGCAGUUGAGAAUCUCUCUCACCUCCUUGAGAGCAAUAUUGCCGAACAGGACAUUGGCAAGAUCCGUUUCAAGAUCACCAACCAAGCCGCGUACGUCCAGAAGCGCCACGACAUUUUGCUGGAUGACACGCUCAAAGGGUAUCUAGAGCAGCGGUGGCAGUUCACCAUUGAUAUCUAGAUUGAUUGUACUAGAGACAACCAUUGCUAUCGCGCCAAAUUUGGCCCAUGGCGCAAUAUGUAGCUCACCAUUGCAUAGCAGC